GCCGUCUGGAUCCAGCUGGGAUUCUGUGCUUUGUUUGAAAAGAGACUUAAGUAGCUGGUGAUGAUGUCAUAACACGUCCUGUGAGCAGAGGAAGUCAAAAAGCUUCACUUCCUGGGAUUCUUAUAUAAACCUUCUGACUCCAGGCCCGUGUUCCUGCAGCUCCUCAGUCUUCUUGUGUUUUUUAAUCUGUGAUGGAUGAAACCUGCAGAACGAUGCUCACUGGAAACCACGUCUCAGAUAUUUACUCCUCAAUGUAUUCACCGUCCAUCGCCCUGACUCCUGGUUGUGGCUGAGCUGAGAUGUUUCCUCUCUCCUCUCUCUGCAGACUCGGUCAUGAAGAAAGACAUCGAGACUCUGAUCGCAGAGGAACGCGCUGACAUCAUCUUGAAAUACGCCACGGGCCGGCAGGGGGGGGUGGAGAUCGACCCUUGGGAAGAUGCCGACUACAGCGUCUACAAAGUCACUGACCGAUUCGGCUUCAUGCAUGAGGACGAACUACCGGCCCAGACGGCACAUGAAGAAAAGUUGAAGCAGCUGGAGAUAGAGAGAACAGAGAAAUGGCUGAAGAUGGUGAAGAAGUGGGAUAAAUACAAGAGCAGUGAGCGGAUGGUGAAGCGGGUCUAUAAGGGCGUCCCGCUGCAGCUCCGGGGCCGAGCCUGGGCCCUGAUGCUGGAUGUGGAGAAGGUCAAGAGGGAGAACGAGGGCAAGUAUGAGAGGAUGAAGGAACAGGCCCGACUCUACUCGACUGAGAUCAAACAGAUCGACCUGGACAUCAACCGGACCUUCAGAAACCACCUGAUGUUCAUGGACCGCUUCGGAGUCAAGCAGCAGUCCCUCUUCCAUGUCCUCUCAGCGUAUUCAGUCUACAACACAGAGGUGAGCUACUGCCAGGGGAUGAGUCAGAUCGCCGCCCUGCUGCUCAUGUUCAUGAACGAGGAGGACGCCUUCUGGGCCCUGUCGCAGCUGCUGACCAAUCACAAGCACGGCAUGCACGGCUUUUUUGUUCCCGGGUUUCCCAAACUCCAGCGAUUCCAGACGCAUCACGAUCAGAUUAUUUCCAAACUUCUCCCCAAACUGAAGAAACAUAUGGACCGGGAGCAGAUGUCUGCAGGGAUCUACUCCACUAAAUGGUUCCUGCAGUGUUUCAUUGACAGGACGCCGUUCACCCUGAACCUUCGUCUGUGGGACAUCUUCAUCCUGGAGGGAGAGAAGCUGCUCACCGCCAUGUCCUACACCGUCCUGAAGGUUCACAAGAAACGUCUGGUGAAGAUGUCUCUGGAGGAGCUCAGGGAGUUCCUGCAGGAGAGAAUCGCUCAGACCUUCUUCUACAGCGACGACGUGAUCGUGGAGCAGCUUCAGGCCUCCAUGUCUGAGCUGAGGAAAAUGAAGCUGGACUUUCCUCCUCCAGGGAAGCCGGACGAGUUGCCUCGGAAGCCUCUGGGCCAGGAGCUGCCGGUGCUGCUCAGCCCGGUCCCAGUGAAGACGUCCUCCGCCAGCAGCUUCCCCGGAGCCGGACUGAACCUCCACAUCAUCUCCCACCAGCCCGACUCCAUAUCCCCCGACCAGAGCCCCUCCAAGGACCCCAGGGACCUGGAAGCUGCAGAGGAGGCUCCGCUACCUUCUCCAGACCCCAUCAUCAUCCACAGCCGGGCGCCGCUCAGCCCCGAUGGGUCUCCGCUGAUGGGGCCUCCGCCUUAUCAGCCCCCGGGGAGCCCAGCGGUGUUCACAGCGGAUCAGCCGUCCCUGCCGGAUCCCCAUGGGGAGGAAGUGACACCAGAUGCAGCAACUGCCACAGCUCGGCGGAUUGCAGAUACACUCUCCCCUGACUCCUCUGCAGCCGGCGGCACUGACCACGCCUCCCGAGGCACUGACCACGCCUCCCGGGGCACUGACCACGCCUCCCACGCCACUGACCACGCCUCCCGGGGCGUCCCACGGACUGUGUCGGCGCCUGUGGUCCAGGUGGCGUCACCCGGCUCGGUCCUGGCUCACUCUGGGAGUCUGUCGGCAGCUGAGGACGAUGAUGAUGAUGAUGAUGAUGAAGAUGAUGAAGAUGAAGAAGGCCUCACCUGCUCAGCUCCUGCACGAGUCAGUCUGAGCGGUGAGCACACGGUGGCGCUGUGGAGCAGUCACCUGCUGCUGGGCUCUGAUUGGUCCAUGAGAGUGAAGCUCCUGGUGUCCUGGGGACUUCUGGCUCAGUCUCGUGCUGCUCCUGGUUCCAGCUCCUGA